AUGAGGACUUCGGUGCUGGCUCAAUGCCUGAUGGUGACCAGCAGCUUGGCAGGUCGGGUGCUGAAAAGAGAUUCAGUGACGGCCGUGGUAAACUUUGGCAAUAACACAGGUACCCCCCAGCAUUUAGCUUCUGGUCUAUUGUAUGGCGUGCCGGAUACUCUGGAUCAGAUUCCAUCAACGUUCUAUUCGGACAUCGGAUACAAUUAUGAACGAGCAGGCGGUGCUCAGGUUCCAGCUCCAGGGCGCGGUUGGAUCUGGGGAUUGACCGAAUAUAAGAACCGAUUUGCAUCUGCUCUUUCAAAUUAUAAGACUGCGCGAGAACACGGAGCGAACUUCAUAUUUUUAAUUCACGAUUUGUGGGGAGCCGAUGGGUCGCAGAAUUCGUCUGCCCCUUACCCAGGUGAUGACGGGGACUGGACAAGCUGGGAUGACUAUUUGGCCCAACUGUUCUCGGACAUCAAAGCCAACAGUAUGACCGAGAGCUUGAUCAUUGACAUCUGGAAUGAGCCCGAUGGAAGCGGGUUCUGGAACCGAGCACAGUCGCAAUACUUGGAGAUGUGGGGAAGGACCUACUACAAAUUCAGGGCUGAGUUUGGCACUGAAGUUCUUCUUUCCGGUCCCGCAUCGGCCGGCGAACCACUAGCCAGCAACACAUGGUGGGAAGCUUGGGCGUCCUACGUAGCUAGCAAUGACAGCAUCCCAGACCAAUACGCCUGGCACAUGGAGGGUGGCGGCGGAGAUCUCCUCUCAGCACAGGCAGGUCUACAACACUGGCUAUCAACAUACGGUAUGCCCUCGAAACCAAUCAACAUCAAUGAGUAUGCUGUCUUCAGCGAACAAGUUCCAGCCGGAUCUGCAUGGUGGAUCGCUCAGCUGGAAAGAAUAAAUGCUCAUGGCCUCCGCGGGAACUGGCUUAGCGGCUACGAGCUUCACGACUUCAUGGCGUCAUUGCUAUCCAAGCCCGACGCGACAAGCGAUUACUCGGCUACCGCCACCGGUUAUUUCCCAAAUGGUGAUUACCAGGUGUACAAAUACUAUUAUCAGAAUAUGACGGGUUACCGGGUGGGAACGACACCCUCAACGGACCUCAAGUUGGAGGCCUACGCCACUGUCGGGACCGACGGAUACGCGCGCGUCCUCGUUGGGGUACGAAUCGAGGAAGGAACAUGGGAGUUGCAGUUGGACGAUCUGACGGCUCUCGGUCUGCCCAGUAGUGGAACGCUCAAUGUGCAUACUUGGGGAUUUCCAGUCAACAGCACCAACGCGCAUUAUGGUGAGAUAAAUGCGCCUACUGACCUCGGAUGGUAUGGGCAUGCGUACUCCGGCGGCACUGUCACCUUCCCUGUCUAUCAAGUAGACACGACGACCGCGUAUGCAUUCGAGUUUGCUAUUUGA